UCUCACUCCGAGGGAGACACAGAUCAACAAACUCUCCUUCAAACAAGAGCUCAGUCCCCUGCUCCAGAAAUUUCACCAAUUUUGCACAUUUCCACUCCUACAAAAAGGCGCAUCUGAAGAGCAACCUGAAAAGCACGGAAAGUCCAUACACACGCGUUAGGCCAAAAAUUAAGAAACCAGCGCUUGGAUCGAUUUUUGCAAACGGGAGAACAUUCCGAGCAGAACGAUACGUUCCCUUCGGGCAGAAUGGAGGUCAACCGGAAAUUGCUGGGAGGACGGAAAACGUCCGUCCACAUAACGGAGAAAGGAGUCCGUUUUCAACAAAACGGGCGACUUCCUCCUCACUCCGUCCAAUCACGGCCAACUCCACGUGACGACAACCACGUGUCCUCUCCUUCAACCACCAGCAGGUCAUUAAAAACCUGGAAAUUGCCCCAAGAAAAUCUUCCCGUGCAAAAUCUGCCGUCGUCCCUUCACCAACGCAACCAGUGCUCACUUCCACGCCCGCACCCACCUCAACCCCCACGAGCUGGAGAAGUCCUCACUUUUCCAUGAAAAAUGUCCCCACUGCCGAAGAAAAUCGUUCUUCAUUCGUCACCACUUUAUCGACCACGUGGCUGCGCACGAAGGUCGCAAGCCCCACCUGCAAGAGGAAGUUCACCCGGAUAACAGACUUGACCUGUCAUCUCUUCCUCCACAUGAGCCGCGAGGAGCACGCGGAGGUGCGAUACGGCUGCUACUUCUGCACCAAAAGAUUCCGAAUUCCAUCCCAACUCAAUCGCCAUCUGAGGAACUACACCAAGGAAAAAGUGCGCUGGAGGUGUCCCACUUGUCGAAAAACGUUCUCCUCCAAGCAAGCCCUGACCAACCAUGGAUUCACCCAUCUCUCCGAGGACGAAAAGGUCGCCCUCGUGAAGCAGGGGACGAGUCGUGUCUGCCUCUUCUGCCAGAAGAAAUUCCCCUCCAACGGCGCUUAUCAUGUGCACCUGGUCACCCACACGAAGGAGAAACCUUUCCGCUGCGUCCAAUGUGGGGCGCUGUUCGGUUGCAAUGGUGCCUUCAGAUCGCACCAAAUCAUUCACGCUUCCAACCCAAAACCAUUCCGUUGCGACGAGUGUGACCAUGCGUUCAGUCAAAAAUCUUCUCUGACCAGACACAAGACGACGGUUCACCGGAAGCUGAAGGACUUCGCGUGCCCCGAGUGCGCCAAGAAGUUCGGGACCAAGGGUGACAUGUGAGGAAUGUUCCUGACAAAAUCCGCCACCCCUGCCCCCACUGUGGGAAAACGUUCUCGAACGUUUGCAGACAUGUCGAGAGGGAUCAUCCUUCACAAUAAAGUCCUCCUAUGCCUGCCAAACAACAUUUUGACCACGUGGUUCCCAUGCUUUAUGUAUUUUUAUUUUCCUGAUUUAUGACGGGGUAUAUACAUAUUCUGGUAAAAAUGGGUGUAAUUGAAUUGUUAAUUUGCAAACGGGACUUGAUUUUUGUUACCUUUUUGACGAUUUUUAUGUAGUAAAGUAAUAUAAAACUCUG